AUGGCCACUGUGGCGUCAGUCGCCUUACCUCCCCCAGUUGGCCUCGCGCAGCGGUGCGAUGCAAGCAGUGACUUGGAUAGAGAUGAAUGUUGGAUCUGUCUCUCCAGUGCGGGGUCGCUGUCCCGGGUCUGCGACUGCCCAAGGGUCUCUCAUCGCGAGUGCCUUGCACGGUGGCAACUCACUAACUAUGGUCGCAGAGAGGAAAACUUCUGCCGCUUCUGCAGCAAGCGUCUCCCAGCGCUUUGGAAGCCAGAUGCGAUGAACGAGGGUGAGAAGGAGGAGCUUCGGGUGGCGCCUGUGAUGGCCGUGCGAUACAACGGUCCUGAGGGCACGCGCGAAUUCAAGCUACGAGUUCAUCCGGGGCCGGAAGGGCUGGCCACGUUCAAAGCACACCUGAAAGAGAUCCUCGGUUUCGACGUGGGGCCCGAAUUCGAUGUCACAUUUGAGUGCCAAAUGCCCUCCACGGGUUCAUUCCUGACGUUGUCGGGAAUGAAUGCCUACGGUGCAGCCACACAUUGUGCCGCGUUGCUUGCCGCCACGAAGACGGGCAGCACGCAAACGCCGACGACGGCGGCGACAGCCGCUGAAUCUUCGGCGACAAUGCAACAACAGCAUCGAGGAUGUACCGCGCAACUGCAGCAGCAGCAAGAGCAACAUCGACAGCAACUAAUGCAACAGCGGCCAGACGGCCCGGCACUACUACUCCCCUCAGAGUAUGACUCGUACGACGAUCUUCUCCCGCUUGGGCCCUACACAGAAGCCCUGGCGCCGCCAGAGGCUUCUCUGGGGGUCUACGACAGGGUUCACUUGUACGGCAACAGCAGCGGUAGUGGUGGCGGUGGCGGCCGCAGGGGCCACUUCACCGCUGCUGGCCUCGGCCGUCAGCAUCCGGAGGCAGCGAUUGUGGAUGCAGAUGCGGAGUGGUGCGGUCGCGGCCGGCCGGCAACGGCAAGGGGUUACAGUGCGAUUGGUCGUUUCUGCUCCCGGGUCGCCCCGGUUGCGACGUUGGGGGUCGCGUUUCUCCCCGCGGCCUCUUCUGAUGCCGCCGUCGCCGCCGCUGCAGCAGCGACGUCACCGCUGCAGGCCACGUCAGAGCGUUCCGCGGCUGCCGUACUCAGUAGCGCGCGAAGCGGUCCGACAGCACGUGACAUCCCCCGGGAACCGGCGGCGUCAACUGCCGCUGCCGCCGGCGCCAAUGUGCCUGCCGGUGCAGUGUACGACGACAGCCGUACCUGUAGCAUUACAGACAAUGUCAGCAGCGCCGACAGCGAUGGCGGCAGCCACGCAGCGGACUUUAUAAAGGAGUCUUUGCCACUAGGAACGUCGCCUAUGAGCCAUCCUAGCGGCGGAAGCGACUCUGGGAUUAGGAAGGCCCAGAAGUGCCGUACCGCGCGACGGCAGCCGCGAGAAUCUGGGAAGGUGCCGAACGACGGCGAUCCCACCGCCACGCCGACGAGGACGCCGACGGCUGGGGCGGAUGUCCUUGCUGAGUCACGUGGCCGUAUGCGACUUCCCGUCCUCGUCAAGCGAGCUGCUCGGCACGCCGUGGACUCCCUUUCGCGGAUCCUGAUGCGCCGAGGUUGA